AGAGUCUUUCUCCAACGUCCGCUCUAACUCUCCAGAUGGCAACAAUUAAUCUCUCUCCACCGCAAAUCACCUUCUCUUGCCGUUGCCUGAGCUCUUCGUCUUCUUCCCGAAAUGCCCCCACUCUCUCUUUCUAUUCUCACUUUAGCCCUUCUCACUCUUCACUUUCAGUUUCUCUAAAGCAUCGGAACAAUACCAUCAAACAUCGUUGCUUAAUCACCGCUUCGGCUCUCAAGAACCUUUCGGAGACCGAGCUAGUUCCGGUGCCGGUCGUGCCUGAGGAAGUCUCGGGGAAGCUUCCGUCUGAUUCCGGCGUUUAUGCCAUUUUCGACAAAAACGACGAGCUUCAGUUCAUCGGUAUCUCGCGCAACAUCGCUGCGAGCCUUUCUGCUCACCUGAAAUCGGUGCCGGAACUUUGCUGCUCUGUUAAGGUUGGGGUGGUGAGUGAUCCUGAUAGGGCAGCUCUAACCCAAGCUUGGAAAUCAUGGAUGGAAGAACAUAUAAAAGCCACAGGAAAGGUCCCUCCAGGUAAUGAACCAGGAAAUGCUACCUGGAUUAGGCAGCCUUCAAAAAAGAAACCUGAUCUUCGCCUUACCCCUGGCCACCAUGUCCAACUUACAGUUCCUUUGGAGGAACUCAUUGAUAAGUUGGUGAAGGAGAACAAGGUGGUGGCCUUUAUCAAGGGGUCACGAAGUGCCCCACUGUGUGGAUUCUCACAAAGAGUGAUUGGCAUUCUUGAAAGUGAAGGGGUGGAUUAUGAGAGCAUAGACGUGCUCGAUGAAGAAUAUAAUUUUGGAUUGAGGGAGACACUGAAGAAAUACAGUAACUGGCCUACAUUCCCGCAAAUUUUUGUAAAUGGUGAACUGGUGGGAGGGUGUGAUAUCCUAACCUCCAUGUAUGAGAAGGGUGAGCUUGCUGGUUUGUUCAAGAAGUAGUUGUUUUAAAAUUUUCUUUUAGCCGCCGGUCUUUACAUGAAAGAAAAUGAUUGAGAAAUCAAAAGAGAGACAGUGUGUACUUACCAGUGUCUUGAAAGUUUGGCUGAUCUUAGGCUUGUAAUCUGUAUUUUCAUUCUUAGUAAGGGAGCACUUGCUUCUAGUAAUGGAUUACACAUUCUGUGCUUGAAACUUGCUGAUUACUGCUUCCCCCUCACAUCUUGUGUUUUUCCUUGGGGAUUCUGCUAAGAGGCUAAUGAGUGCAUUAAAGAAAUUGUUUAGAGAAGA